CGUGUUACCUGUAGAAAGCAUGUUCGAUAUGUGUAUGCACGCUGCAGAAAAGAAUAGAUCACGCACUUCUUAUAUUCAACACUUCCCUGUAUCGAAUAUUUUCUCCAUUGUAUUUCAGGUAAGUCAAGGUGGAAAACAGAAAAUCGUUUCUUGCUUCUGGAGUGACUUUUUUUAAAUAAAUAACAAUAAUACUCAAAGAAAUAAGCCGUUGUAUCACAUGGGAUGUUUCUGGACUUGAUCGGACUUGAGAGAACUUAACGGGGCUUCAGCAGACUUCAAUGGACUUGAGUGAACUUUAGCGGACUUUGGCGGACUUGGUGGACUUUAAAAGAUCUGAGCGGACUUUAAAGUCUAUAAAGUCCGCAGUUUCCCCCUUGGAGAUAUUACAAGUGAAGAUCUAUGCAACGGAAUUUGAACCUAUAAUUAGAAUUGAUAAAUAGGAAUUUUUUAUUGAUGAGCAACAAGAACAAAUCUGUUCUAACUGUACGAAUGAAGGCGCGAGAUUUGGUUAUGAACGUGAAUAUAUGUUGUAGGCUUUAAAUACUUACUGAUAUUUACAGUAUCAGUGAUGUGAAUUAUUAUGCAUCAAAAAGAAAAAUAAUCAUUUCACUCGGCCGAAUCUUCGGAGAUUUGUGAUUGAGCAUACUCUCUUUUACGUAACAACAUAUACCGUAAUUAACGAUGAUGAAUAAAUUGCUCCACGUAUACCUUUAGUCUAUUUUCUAACCCUAUUGAUUCUUCAUGUUUGCUUACAGCGACUGGGAACGGAUGCAACUGUUUAAUAAACGAUACAUUUUUAACCGUAGCAUUCACUUUUUUAAAAUGUAUUACUAUUAUUCAAGGUUUGGACUGUAACUGCGAUACAAUCCAGUUUUUAACCAAGUAUCUCAGUUGAAACCAUUAUUUCUGCGAAAAUAUUCGUUUCUCAACUGAGGUACAAUUUUGACAUGUGCGUUGAAACGUGCAAUUGUGCAAGAGUGCGGUGCACAAAGGUCUAUUGUUCAACAGAUCAACAAAAUCUACAAGAAUUUCAGCGACUUUCACGGCAUUUUGCAUACUAAGACGUUUCAGAAAACUCGUGAUUCAGACACAAGCACUCAUGACGACGUGGAGAGCAAUUAAUAAGACCUGAUGUUGUUCUUACGUUUUUUGCAUGCAUCUGAUAAUAAUUUAAUACAUGGUAAUAUUUGAUCAUGUAAUGUCAGGAUAAUUCCUUAGAUAGUCGGGAGAGAUACAUCAUAUACCUAAUUUCAUUCACUAUUAAAUAAUAGACCUUUGUAUACUGCACUCUUGCACAACUGCACGUUCCACCGCACGUGUCAAAAGUUGCAUCUUAGUUGAGAAACGAAUCUUUUUGCAGAAAUAAUGGUUUCUCUACUGAGAUACAUGAUUAAAAUAUGUUAAAAAAUGUUUUCGGAGAUCUCAUUAAAGACCUCAGAGAUUAAAUAUUGUCUGAGGGAUUUUUUAUCAUCUUACAGGGUUAAAGUCUUGGCUACAUCAUGGCGAAAAUCGCAGGUAUCCACCACUUUUCUAUCAAAGAUUAUUUAAAAAUAUCCACUCCACUGGUAUUUUAGGAUACUAAAUAAAGCUGAUAACAAGAUACUUUUUUUCCUCGAAAGCAUUUUUCUUUGCUCUGCGUGUUGAAUGAAUAAUUGGGAGUGCGUGCAUCUGUCUCCAAGGGAUAUAAAUAUAUACGAUGUUUCAAACUACAACAUGCAAUCACCUCUUCAAUCACUACAAUGUUGAAAAUAUUAUUCUUUUUACUGUGUUUUGUCGUUCUUCUCGACAGUUACAAAUUCGGAGAUACUCUCAAGAGAGCACUUGGACAAUGUGAUUUCGACUAUGAAUGUCCACCACAGGGAUCAGACGUGGAAAAUAAUCCACUUGAAACUUUUCCAAAUCCAAGAAAUACAAAUGGUUUUAUUCAUUGUUCGCAUGGAAUCGCCUAUUGCAAAGAUUGCGCUGCAACGUAUCCUGGAACACCAGCUCUGGUUUGGGAUGAUACCAAAAAGCAAUGCGAGAGGAGUGUUGCCUGUGACUUGUUAGCAACAAGUAAGUGGUCGGCAUGUAGUAAAUUGUGCGAUGGUGGUACACGACAGCGAACAACAACCUGUUCACAUCUCGGUUCACCUAUAACAUGUAACAAAUGUACAAAUGGAAAAGAUGUAGAAAUUGAAGCGUGUAACACAUGGUCGUGUCCAAAAUGUCGACGUCAAGUUGAUAUCGGACUUCUUCUUGAUUCAAGUGGAAGUAUUAAAGAAUGGGAUGUUGUUGCGAAUGCCGCUGCAGAAUUUACUGAAGUCAUGCAAAAUCAAGAUGUCUCAAUUCAAAUUGGCGUCGUCAUAUUUGCUAGUGACUCAGCAGUAGUUAAAAGUUUGAACGAGCCGGUCACAGUUGACGAAAUACGCACUUUGAAACGAACCGAUGGCGGUACAGCAACAAGUAUUGGUUUGAAUACAAUGGGACAACAAAUAUUUAAUACUGCUAAUGGCGAUAGACCAUCUGCACAAAAUGUGGUUGUUGUUUUUACUGAUGGAGCAUCAGACUCGGCAACACAAACUAUUUCAGCAGCACAAAAGUUGAAAAAUUCCGGUAUUGAAAUAUAUUCAGUAGGAGUAGAAAAUGCCAAUCUGAGAGAAUUAGAACAAAUGUCAUCUGAUGCUGGACACGUAUUUUAUACAAAUAAUAUUCGUGACUUAACUGAAGCAUUGUAUGGUGCAUUGAAAGCAAUAUGCCCAGAUUGA